GAGCGGCGGACAUGGAAACCAUGGCGAGCCCAGCAAAAGACAACAAUUACAGAAUGAAAAGUUACAAAAACAAAGCUUUGAACCCAGAGGAGAUGCGCCGGAGGAGAGAAGAGGAGGGGAUCCAGCUACGCAAACAGAAACGGGAGCAGCAGCUCUUUAAAAGGAGAAAUGUGGAGCUAAUUAAUGAAGAUGGUGCUAUGUUUGACAGUCCCCUGGUCGAUUCCUCGGUCAGCUCUACAGCUGGUAGUGAGGGCGUGAUCACAAUGGAGAUGGUGAAAAUGCUGUUCUCUGAAGAUCCUGAUCUUCAGUUAGUAACUACCCAGCGGUUCAGGAAGCUACUUUCGAAAGAGCCCAAUCCUCCAAUCGACGAGGUGAUAAGCACUCAGGGAGUGGUGGACAGGUUUGUUGAAUUCCUCAAGAGAAGUGAAAACAGCACACUACAGUUUGAAGCUGCGUGGGCGUUAACCAACAUCGCCUCUGGCACCUCACUACAAACUAAGAUAGUGAUCGAGGCCGGAGCAGUCCCGAUCUUCAUUGAAUUGCUAAGUGCUGAUUUUGAAGACGUCCAAGAGCAGGCUGUCUGGGCACUGGGGAACAUCGCUGGAGACAGCUCUGCCUGCCGUGACUAUGUCCUAAAUUGUGGCAUCCUUCCUCCUUUGUUGUUGCUCCUCACAAAAUCUACUAGAUUGACAAUGACACGAAAUGCAGUCUGGGCUUUGUCGAAUCUCUGCAGAGGGAAGAACCCACCUCCAGAGUUUGAGAAGGUGUCGUCCUGUUUGCCGGUCUUGUCUCGAUUGCUCUUCAGCAGCGACUCGGACUUGCUGGCAGAUGCCUGCUGGGCACUUUCCUAUCUGUCGGAUGGACCCAAUGAGAAAAUCCAGGCCGUCAUAGAUUCAGGAGUGUGCCGGCGACUGGUGGAAUUGCUAAUGCACAGCGAUUACAAGGUGGCUUCCCCAGCCUUGAGAGCAGUUGGCAACAUUGUGACGGGGGAUGAUAUCCAAACCCAGGUGAUCCUAAAUUGCUCGGCUUUGCCUUGUCUCCUUCAUCUGCUUAGCAGCCCCAAAGAGUCCAUCCGGAAAGAAGCUUGCUGGACCAUCUCCAACGUGACAGCAGGGAACAGAGCUCAGAUACAGGCGGUCAUAGAUGCAAACAUCUUCCCAGUAUUAAUCGAGAUCCUGCAGAAGGCGGAAUUCCGCACGAGGAAAGAAGCGGCCUGGGCCAUCACAAACGCCACGUCGGGGGGCACGCCAGAGCAGAUUAAAUAUUUAGUAAACCUGGGCUGCAUUAAGCCCCUGUGUGACCUUUUGACCGUCAUGGACGCUAAGAUCGUUCAGGUGGCCCUGAAUGGCCUGGAGAACAUCCUGCGGCUGGGAGAGCAGGAGGCCAAGCAGAGCGGCACUGGCAUCAACCCUUACUGCAGCCUCAUUGAGGAGGCUUAUGGCCUGGAUAAAAUCGAGUUCCUCCAGAGCCACGAAAACCAGGAGAUCUACCAGAAGGCCUUUGACUUGUACGAGCACUAUUUUGGCAUCGAGGACGAUGACUCCACUCUGGCCCCCCAGGUGGACGAAGCUCAGCAGCAGUUCAUCUUCCAGCAGCCCGAGGCCCCCAUGGAAGGCUUCCAGCUAUAACCCGCCUGCGGCGUUGGAGGGGAA